AUGAUCGAUGACGGUUUCAACUUCGGGCCCUUCACAGUCGUACGGGACGAUUAUGUUGGUCAAAUUAUCUUCUAUUCCGGUGGACGGUGGUUGGCCGUUCUGGAUUUUUUUGGAGGAUGGAACGAGCGGAACGAGAAUGGGAAGCUGUCGUCACUGUGUUCAGCAACCUCAAGGUUGACAACACUAAAACUAUCAACUGCAUCUGUCAGGCCUGCGAAGAACGGAAUGGACAAGAUACCUCUCACCUCAUCUGAAUGUGUCUAUCAAUUCACCAGGCCUCGAAUUUUCCCUUUUACGCGAAUGACUUGA